AUGUUGGACGGCUCUUCCACAGCUGAUCGCAUUGCAGAGAUUGUCAGGAGAUUUGUGCAGGAUGGCGUGUCUGUAGCAGCUCUGGAUGUGGGCCAGGCUCCCACUUUGAGACCCACAUCGGCACUGCAGCUGACUCCGGGCCUUUGCUUCCUCGUUUGGCAAAAGAUAUGGAGAACUAUUGCUUUGGUUCCAGGUUCGAGGUGGGAUACAGGGUGCGAUAUUGGGCAGCUGUUGGUCGAUGUCAGGAGUCAGGCUAGUGGUUGUGACAAGCAGGGCCAAAGCUUAACAACGUUUCUGCCCCCGACAGAGUUGCAGCCAGCUCAUCAGUUCUUCAAUUUGUUGGCAGAUGAUUUGUGUGAGUGGGGUCGUGCAAUUAUCAGCUCAUCGACGGAUCCAGAUACAACCGCAUCAGAGCUGGAGCAAUACGUGAUUUGGCUGAACAGUAUGAGGGAAGCAACUUCGACGAAACGAGUGCUAGAGCAUAUGUGGGAGCCAAUCUUUUCAGCAGACGGGAAGCGCCUACAAGCAGGGCGUUUCAGCAAGGUUACUCAGUCCCACGGCCGAUACCGAGCACUCUUCUUGAUUCAAUGUGUGCUACUUGCUUUCCAGCUGAAGUCAUCAUCAUCCGUUGCGGUUUCACUGCAACGAGCGUUCGCCGUGCUUCCAGAUAUUUGGCGCAAAACACUCGACAACUGCUUUGCUAUCGAGUUUGCUCCCUCAGGUGCAACAAUCUCACGUUCGAGACUGUAUUUGGACACAGCAUUCAUGCUGUAUGUUCGGGAUAAGCUGUGUAAGCUGACUGAAGAGGGCAGUGCAUUCUUCGUGCUGAUGGACAGUUCUCCGCAGGGUUUCCAAAACUGGAUGAUGACUGAGGUUUUCGGUGUGGAAGGCAAGAUGCUCUUGCAUUGCGCAGGCAUAUUCUUUCACCUAGCAGGCUGGAGCAAAGAGAUUGAGCAGUCGGACGCUCAGGACGCCGGCCUAUCUGUGGAUGACUUGAGAACCAUUCUGGAGGUUCAUGCCUUUCUUCAUUCCUUGCGCUUGGAGCACAGCACAUGGGCAAAACUUCAGUCUUUCUUAGAUUCGACUUCUGCUUUUACAUCCGACAUGGGGACAGAGAUGAAAUUCAAUUUGGCAUCGGUUGAUAUUGCCAAUUUUUUCCCUCGUUGGGGUGAUGGCAGCGGCAAUUCGCACUUGUCACUAGAUUUUGGUGAUGAUUCAGGCAACCGUGGAGCAGAUGUUGUAUUGGAUGAUGGUGGCGGGAUCGGGGAGGUGUUUGAGCAGCCUGCGGCAGAGGUUUCGAAUCUGGACCUCACUGGACCUCUUUUCGUUCCGGGAAUGUUCCACGUGAUCGAUAAUGCCACGAAGGAUGUGCUACGGAAAUCAGAAGUAUGGGAAAGUUCUGUGAGUCCUGUCCGAUCAAUGCUGGAAUCAGUGCUGUUGUUCUUCAAUGCUUUUCACAGACGCAAAUGGUUUGUUGCAAGGUGUUGCGUUGGAGUGUUUCAGUCUUGGUCGAUGUGGUUCGAGGGCGCGAGUCCAAAGUUAGAAGGCGGUCGUGCUUGGGGUGUUGUCUCCAGCGGAGUGACUUGGGUGUUGGAGCGGCGGAACAUAUUGCAGAGAUCGUGGGAUUCCCAGCGUUUGCUUGCUGGGGGGGCAGACGCUGAGAGCGAUGCAGGAGGGCAAGAAACGAGUAAGUUGGUAACUCGUGUAGAUGAAGCGAUUCGAAGUCCAAUCUUUUGGGCAUUCCUGGAGCUGUGUGGCACAAUCACAAACAUGCUUGACGAGAUUACACGUUGGACGCAGGGUUGUGCCUGUCACGGACGUGCCCUCAGGUCCCGUCUGGAGCCGCUUCUGCGUGGCCAAGGCCCUCUGUCAUGUCCGAUGCGGGGACGCCGAGCACCGGAGAUUGCAGAAGGUGCCCUGGGCAGACUAAUCGAUGACUUGUUUCGGUACAAUGACUCCCAGCUAGCCCUGGUGCAUGCAGUGAAUCUCCCAGAUGAAGAUCGCAGCCGGCUCCUGUUGGAUUGGUCGGCCAUGAAAGUUCACAUGCGCAUGCAGUUUUCGCUGAAGCUUAGCCCCUGGAACCAUUUGCCCUUGAGCUCCUUAGGUCUGGGGCAUUGGGAUCAGUCUGUUGCUCAACGGAUGUUGUGGGAUUCGCUGGUAGAAUGGGAAAACUUGUCUGAGGAGCAAAGGCAGACAUCCCAUCCACACAGCAGGCAGCUUUUCCUGGACUUGCGCACUGAGGUAUUGGCUUUCAUUCGGUCCGAGCCUUCCGACAGUUGGCCUGCAUUGGAGGUGCUCCGAGCACGUGCGGCUUUCACACCGGUUUUGGAACAAUCCAUUGAACGGCGACACGCCAUUCUCCACCAACAUUUGAAAUGUGCGCCGCACCACUCCGCCCCAUACGUAUCGUUGUGCGAACGUAAAGAUGAAGUGAUCGAGGUGGUGUCUAACGGCGAAGCUGAGAAGCUCGCGCAGUACUGCGAGAAAACCCGCUCCCCAGCACUCGUUGCGGAUGCCCUAGGCUUGACACUGCACGAUGAGUUUGCCCCACACUUACACGCUGUAACUCGAGCCUUGGCUGUAAGCAUACCCCAUACUUUGGUUGCCUCUGUCGUGUACCGCUGUGACCUUCGAACACAGUACAAGGUACUGCCUUCGGUGCAUUAG